CUCACUCGCAGUAACGAAGCAAAAACUCGCGAUCGAAAGGAACGUUCCUUCCUCGCUACAGUAUACAGUGGAGGAGACUCCGGUAGCCACCACCACCACCGCCACUGGAUUGAACCACCACCAUCAUCCACCACGAUGUUGAGUGCUCUGAGUCCAAGAGCAACAGCAACACCUUCAUCCCCAUCAUCAUCAUCACAAUCACAAUCACAAGAAUCAUCAUGGGAAUCAAUGCUCCCCGGUCCACCCAGCCGCAACAACUUCGGAUCCGCAGAUCUGAGCCCUCACGGCCUCCUCGCUUUCCCUUCCGGCAGUUCCAUCUCCAUCGUCGACACCCAUUCCAUGCAACUCCUCUCCUCAUUCCCCAUCCCUCCACCACCUUCCUCCGCCGCGCCCUUCGUCACCGCGCUCCGCUGGUCCCCUCUCCCCUUAUCCCGGCAGCUUCUCUCAUCAGAACCCUCCUCCUCACACCUCCUACUCGCGGCUGCCGAUCGGCAAGGCCGCAUUGCUCUCCUCGACUUCCGCCUCCGCUCCGCCGUCAUCUGGUUCGAAACCGACUCCAAACAAGGCGUUCAGGAUCUCUGCUGGGUCCAGGCCCGACCGGAAACCUACCUCCUCGCCGCCUUGAUCGGACCCUCUCUGCUUUCGCUCUUCAAUUCCUCCACCGGACGCUGUAUUUGGAAAUACGACGCCUCGCCGGGAUUCUUCUCCUGCAUUCGCCGCGAUCCAUUCGAUUCGCGUCGCGUCUGUGCGAUCGGGCUCAAGGGGUUUCUGCUGUCUGUUCUCCUUCACGGUGAGACGGAGGAUGGUGUUGUUAUCAAGGAGCUUCAGAUUCCGACGGAUUCUUCUGAAUUGGUUAAGCUCGAGAGAGAUGCUGCCGGUGGAGGGUCGUCCCCAUCGCCGCCUGCCUCCGCGGCGUUUCCUCUUUACAUGGCGAGGUUCGCGUUUUCUCCGCUGUGGAGGCACGUUUUGUUUGUCACGUUUCCGAGGGAGUUGGUUGUGUUUGAUUUGCAGUACGAGAGUGUGGUAUUUUCUGCUGCGUUGCCUCGUGGUUGCGGCAAGUUUCUGGACGUGUUGCCUGAUCCGAAUAAUGAGUGGAUUUACUGUGCUCAUCUUGAUGGCAAGCUCAGCACCUGGAGGAGGAAACCUGGGGAGCAAGUACACAUUAUGUGCUCAUUGGAAGAGAUAAUGCCAUCAAUUGGUACCUCUGUCCCUUCUCCUUCAAUUCUUUCUGUCCUUCUAUGCCAAUCAGAUACGACCCUUCAGAACAUUGGCAAGAAUUAUUCUGAUGUACCUAGUUCUCCUUACCUUCUUGAGGAUUUUGAUAAUCCUUUUGAUUUUUGCUAUGAGUCCAUGAUUGUUUCUAAGAUACAUUUGAUCUCCAUAUCUGAUGAUGGAAAAAUAUGGAACUGGUGCUUGACUGCUGAAGGGAAUGCAGACACUCAAAAAGAUGAUAAGAAGUUGGGUUUGGCCUGUGAUGACCAUACAGUAUUAUUUCCCGGGGCCAACUCUAAUGCCAUAGUAUCUUCUGCUGGUAGACGGGACCUCAAUGUAGGCAGGCAACAAGAGAGUCUCAAUGAUCCUGGAAGCCGCUUGCAAAGCUCAAUCUUCAACCAGGAAGAAAUUUCAAUGAAAAUUAGCUUAGUUGGACAGCUUCAGCUGCUUUCUUCAACAGUGACCAUGCUUGCAGUACCAACCCCUUCUCUGACAGCCACUCUAGCCCGUGGAGGAAAUCAUCCUGCAGCAGCUGUUCCCCUGGUUGCUUUGGGAACACAGAGUGGAACAAUAGAUGUAGUUGAUGUUUCUGCUAAUGCUGUUUCAUCAAGUUUAUCUGUACAUAAUGGCAUUGUUAGGGGUCUACGAUGGCUAGGAAAUUCACGACUGGUUUCAUUUUCUUACACUCAGGCCAGUGAAAAAUCUGGAGGAUAUAUUAACAAGCUAGUUGUGACCUGCCUUCGAAGUGGCCUUAACAAAACGUUCCGAGUUUUGCAAAAGCCAGAACGUGCGCCCAUAAGAGCGUUGAGAACAUCUUCAUCGGGAAGGUAUCUUCUAAUUUUGUUUCGUGAUGCACCUGUGGAAGUUUGGGCAAUGACUAAAAAUCCUAUCAUGCUUAGAUCAUUAGCUCUUCCAUUUACGGUAUUGGAAUGGACUCUUCCUACAGUUCCACAUCCUUCUAAGCGUCAACCAUCUGGGGCAUCAGAUGAAGCAUCCGAACCAUCAAAGGUUUCCUCGUCAGAUUCAAAGAGUUCGGGCACAGAAGGAUCUCAAGAUGACACUUCUGAAAGUUUUGCAUUUGCUCUGGUGAAUGGGGCACUUGGAGUUUUUGAAGUACAUGGUCGAAGAAUUAGAGAUUUCAGACCAAAAUGGCCUUCUUCUUCAUUUGUAUCAUCAGAUGGAUUAAUUACUGCAAUGGCCUACCGCCUACCUCAUGUGGUCAUGGGAGACAGAAUAGGGAACAUAAGGUGGUGGGAUGUGACAACUGGACAUUCUUCCUCAUUCAACACUCACAGAGAAGGAAUCCGUCGAAUCAAAUUCUCACCUUUUGUACCAGGAGACCAUAGCCGGGGGCGUAUUGCUGUUCUGUUUUAUGAUAAUACCUUUUCUGUAUUUGAUUUGGACUCACCAGACCCCUUAGCCAAUUCAGUUUUGCAACCUCAAUUUCUGGGAACCCUUGUAUUAGAACUUGAUUGGUUGCCCUUGCGGACUAAUAAGAAUGAUCCACUGGUACUGUGCAUUGCUGGAGCAGAUAGUAGCUUUCGCCUUGUUGAAAUUAGUGCAAAUGAUAAAAGAGUUGGUUUUGCACCCCAGAUCAGACACACAAAGGAUAGGUUCAGGUCAAUGCCUAUAUGUUGUCCCAUACUACUUCCUUCACCACAUGCCUUGGCACUGCGCAUGAUUUUGCAAUUGGGUGUUAAACCUUCCUGGUUUAAUACUUGCAGUACAACCAUAAAAAAAAGGCCUCACUUAAUUCCAGGAGCUCCUUCUUUUACUGGGGAUCUGCGCACAUACAUGAUCAACAUACCAGCUCUUGGGGACUCAGUGGUUCCAGAGAUGCUUUUAAAAGUAUUGGAACCAUAUCGAAAAGAAGGUUGCAUGCUGGACGAUGAGAGAGCCAAGUUGUAUGCUAGUGUUGUGGAUAAAGGUUGUGCCGCAAGGUUCGCUUUUGCAGCUACUGUAUUUGGUGAAUCCUCAGAAGCUCUGUUUUGGCUACAGCUGCCUCGGGCGCUUAAACAUUUGAUAAAUAAGUUAUUGAGAAAGCCUCCAUCAAAAGUGGCCACAGAAGAACCUGUCUCUGAGGUUGAUGAGACAUCUUUACUGUCUAGGAUAUCAUCAAAGGGAAAACCAACAGAAGAAUUGGAGAGAGAUCAGGGUCAAGGUCAACUAAGGUUGAUGGCUUUUGACCGAGAAGAUUUGUGGAAAAGUGCCAGCGAGCGUAUUUCAUGGCAUGAAAAAUUAGAAGAUGAUGAGGCCAUACAAAAACGUAUACAUGAGCUUAUCUCAGUUGGAGAUCUAGAAGUUGCAGUUAGUUUAUUGCUUUCUACACCUCCAGAGAGUUCUUACUUCUAUGUCAACGCUCUUCGCGCUGUUGCUCUUUCUUCUGCUGUUUCAAGAUCUCUUCAUGAACUUGCAGUGAAGGUUGUUGCAGCCAACAUGGUGAGGGCUGACCGGUCACUAUCCGGCACUCAUCUUCUCUGUGCAGUUGGAAGAUAUCAAGAAGCAUGUUCUCAGCUACAAGAUGCUGGGUGCUGGGCAGACGCUGCAACCUUAGCUGCUAGUCACUUAAAGGGAUCAGAUUAUGCAAGAGUGUUGCAAAGAUGGGCUGGACAUAUUCUGCACUCUGAACAUAAUAUAUGGAGGGCUCUGAUCUUGUAUGUUGCGGCUGGGGCACUACAAGAGGCAUUGGCUGCUCUCCGUGAGGCUCAAUUACCUGACACUGCUGCAAUGUUUAUCCUUGCAUGCCGUGAAAUCCAUGCAGAAAUGGUUUCUAACUUAGGCAUUACCGAUGAUGAAUCAAGUUCAUCUGUUGAGGAUAAGCUACUAAGCUUGCGCGCUUUAGAUCCUGAGAAUGAAGAUGUCAUAGCAGUUGAUGAAUAUUUUGGCCAAUACCAACGAAAACUGGUACAUCUAUGCAUGGAUUCACAGCCAUUCUCUGACUAAGUAAAGGUCUUGAUGUAAUGGAUUUGAAUAUCUCAUCUGUAUCCAUGACACUAGUGGAUUGAUAAGUGGUAACUCUCAGCCAGAGAAGAACAUUAUACGCUGAUUGCCAUUCCAGUACCGACUGCAUUCUCUAGUGUCAAAGUAUCAGAUGCUUUCAUUGAGCUGUUAUUAUAAGUGUAAUGCAAAGCAUUGGGAAGGGAAUGAUGAUACAGAGCAACAUGGAGUCUUGAGACAGCAAAGAUACCAGACCACUAGACCAGUGUCUUUUAUGAAACAAAUCCUUUUGAUUGCAGUGCAUAUGAUUUACAUGAACUUCCUAAAGUUUAGAUUAGAGUCACAUGGGUAAUUGUCCCAUUGUAGAUCAUAUAUAGAAUUUUGUCGGCAACGAUCAUUAAAUUGUACUUGUAUUUUAUCUGAUAGGAGGACUCAAAUCAUUGAAUUUACAUUUGGAUGCAGUUUGAAUACUUGUGGGUGCAGUUUGAACACUUGCUUUUGUAUAGAUAGGAGGACUGAAAUGAUUGAAGCUACAUAUUUGUAUUUUA